GCAGCUUUUGGCAGAGGCAUGGCCUCGGCCUCCACCAGCAAGAAGAUGCGGGAGGAGGCCACCUGCUCCAUCUGCCUGCAUCUGAUGGCCGAGCCCGUGAGCAUCAGCUGCGGCCACAGCUACUGCCAGGCCUGCAUCCUGCGCUUCAUGGGCCUGAACUCUUCUCAGCGGAGCCAGCAACACAGGGAGACUUUCUCCUGCCCCCAGUGCCGGGCUCCCUUCCGGAAAGGCAGCCUGAGGCCCAUCAAGCAGCUGGGCAGCCUCAUCGCCGCCCUCAGGGAGCAGGAGCAGGAGCAGGAACAGGAGCUGUCCUGCCAGGAGCACGGGGAGCGGCUGCACCUCUUCUGCGAGGACGACGGCCAGCUCAUCUGCUGGCGCUGUGAGCGUGACGGGCGGCACAAGGGCCACAACACGGCGCUCGUGAAGGACGCGAGCCCCGGCUACAGGAAAAAGCUCCAGGAAGCUGUGAGGAAACUGAGGCAGCUGGAAGAGGAAUGCACGAACCAGAAAGCUUUCACGGCGAAGCAGAUCGCCCAGUGGAAGGUGAGAAUGGGGGGCUCUCGCCUUGGCCGCUGGAGGGCACCCCCCUGGGCUCAGGACGUGAAGGGCGCCCUGAGCAGGUGA